AUGAACGACCGGUACCACCGGGCGGCCCGGGACGGCUACCUGGACGUUCUGAAGGAGGCGACACGGAAGGACCUGAACGCCCCGGAUGAGGAUGGGAUGACACCGACCCUGUGGGCCGCUUACCACGGCAACCUGGAGGCGCUCCGGCUCAUCGUGGGCAGAGGGUGAGUCCACUCAGACCCGGGACCAGAAUCUGGACCCGUUCAGUACGAGAUUCACCCGUUUGAUCGGUUAAUUAACGAACAUUUGUCAUCGUCAGGCUCAUGAAAUAGGGGAGACCGGGGUAAGUUGAGCCAAAGGGUAAGUUGAGCCACCAUUUUGCUUGGAAAUUUAGUAGAUGGGCAUCAAUUCAUGGAGUCUGUAAAGGUUAGAAGCACAUGGGUGAAGGGGUUAGACAUUUAUUUACAAAAAAAAAAAAAUCAUUUUUCUCUCUUAAAAGUGAAUUUAGUCAGUCAUAAGUUUGAUUAGAGUUGUGUUCAGACCAAAAAAGAUCAUUUUAGAUUUGUUUUAUACAUCAAUUGUGGUAUCUAUGUCAACUAACCCCAUACACGGGGUAAAUUGACCAUAGGAGACCACUUUUUUUUGUCAUGCUGUAUUAUCAAGACAGUUCCAUUUACACUCAUUCUGUUGGUUUGCAGGGAUGAACAACAUCCUGAAAUUUAUGCAGAUACACUAGUUAGAGACAAAACUAUGAUUGCCUCGAUGUUGUGAUCUGAAAUAUGAAAAAUGGCUCAUCUUACCCCACUCUCCCCUACCUAAAGACCAGUCAGGCUUUAAUAUUUACAAUCUCUGUUUAACGGCAGGCUAGGUUGUAGCUACUAUCAGCUGUGAAAUAAACAGAGACAUUAUCUGUCAGGUUUAACAAAUUUGUUUAAUUUUAUUACAUCCUUUUUAUAAUUACAGUUCAGUGUUUAAAAAUUUACUUUACUCAUUUAAUAAAGAAAAUUCCACUUGUAUUUAACAUGAUAGCUUUAAACAAAAAUAUAUGUAUAAAAUAGACUGAUUUUAACCCUAGAAUACUAUUGCUAAAAUUAGUAAUCACUAUCGCCGGGUGAUUUUAACCUGAAAUACUAUACCCAAGAAAAAGUACUUGUCAUCAAAAUAUAUCAAAAUAGGACAAUACAUGACAAAUUAAAGUAGUUUUCUUUUAUUUUUAGCUGUGAAAUGUCCAAAGGGUAGAAAAAAAGUGCAGUGAGGGGACCAAAACAAAAUAACUGAAAUUAAUUCAUAAACAAAAAAAUCCCCCCCCAAAAAAUAAUUAUAAAAACUGUAAACUUAGUUUCUUUUCCACCCAUCUUCCCUGGCGAAGACUCAGGGUCCUCGGCACAAUAACAGCUGCAGGAGAGAGAACCAAAAUAUGGAUUUGAGUGAGUAAAGAUGACCAGCUGACUAAAAUAUUUCUUAUCACCGUAUGAAUUCCCUUGAAAAUCACUACUUUGUGAUAGUUAUUCAUGACCACUGCGUUAAAUAAAGAUAGCACGCAAAUUCCAGGACCACUCUUACUGACCUUAUUCUCUACAUGCAGCUAUCAAAUCCACCUCAACCUACUUUACCCUCUAUUACUAUUGCUGGGUGAAAAUCACUUGAACACGUUUUGGAUCAGGGAAACAAAUAUGUCUUCAAAGAUGUCAAAGAUAAUGCUGAAGCUACCCAGAGACCCAUGAUACCCAGACAAACGCAACAUCAUGAAAAUCACGUAAACAUGUCUGGUCGGGAUCAACAAAAUAAGUUUUCGUUGAUCUCUGGGGGACAAAUACAGCAACACAAGACGUGAUAAGUAAUAAAUAAUCAAAACUAACACAGGACUUUUGAGACAUAUUAGUAGCAGGUUAAAGUGACAGCUCUAGGUCAAAGUUACAUAUUGUGAUAUGAUGAUAUUAACUCUGGUUUGAGGUAUAAAAUAGACAGUAACAUCAGGUUCAUUAUAAGCUACAUUUAAAGUACAUUAUAAAGUGACAACAGAAGCGCAGACAGGCCAUAAUAUGGUUUGGUAAAAUAGUAAACUGUAAACAUUUUGGUUAGUAGUUGUAUGUUUACACCAACAUUGAAUUAUAACUUUUAUUACUAUUAUGUGUAAAGCAGACAUGCCAACGAGCUAAAGGUUAUUCAGAGGAGAACAAAGAAUUCUCCACCACCCAAAACCCACAGCUCAUAAGUUAAAAAUCUAAUCUGAUAUAAGGAUUUCAACAAGAUGAGAAAGAUAAGAAGGAAAAACUUUUAGUUUAUUCAUGGAAAAUUACAACUCACUGCUGCUUUUCUGUGACUUGGCCUCCUCAUGAUGGCAUCAUGGUGCCAUGUUGUUCCUGCUGCUGUUGGUUGUCUAAUCAGUGCAGCUGUAGAUGAAGAAUUGGGGGGUCAUUUAUUUCCACAGCCUCAUCACAGAGAAAGGUCACCAACAUUAAUACACAGCCUGUCGCUCCGUAGAGAGUGUGGUGUAUCUCAGGGAGAUGAACAUCACUAUCUGUGCUCAGAAACCCCGAGGAAAAAACUCAUGAGGAUGAUUUUGACCGAGAGGACAGUUUAGGAGCGAGUCUUUAUUCUGCUGAGAUGAUUAAAUUCUCAGACAGGUCUUUUGUUCAUAAAUCAGGAGAAAGUCAGAGCUGCCUUCAUGCUGCUGACUGCUGUAUAUCAUACAGCUGAUGGCAGCUUUAUAAGGCAGCAGUAAAGUGAUGUGAGGAUGAGUUUGAUUCAGUGGAGACUGUAAACAACGGAAAGGUCACAGUGACUGAUCGAGCGUCCUCCUGCUGUAACGGCGUCUGCAGGAUUCUGGAUGUGAUGCUAACAGAGAUGCAGAUUAAAACUGACAGCCCAAGGUAGAGCUGAUUUUAGGCCGCUUUGGUUCUUAUUAUGUAAUACCUGCGACUCUAAAAAUGUCUGUUUUACUGUGGGGGAAAAAAGACAUUUAUGUAAAAUACUAACGGUCACAUAGGAAUCUCUGCACAGUCUGUUUCUGAUGAUACAACCUUCAGAUCGCUGGUAAACAGAGUGUAACAAUACAAACUUUGUUAAAGCUGUAUUAGUCACUCUUUCCCAGAACUGAAAAGGUCCAAAUGCAACUUUAUUUGUUGGACUUUGACCCCUGAUUUGAGGACUAGACAGUUAGUUGAAUUCCAGUCAUGACUUUGGCCUCCUAACAUCAUAAAAACAAGAUAAUCAAGAUUAAAUGAUUAAUGUUCUGGUUUUGAUUUUUGCAAUAAUUUAGCAGCACUAACUCACAUUUAUGUUUCUGAAAAUUUGCACUUAAAUCCCAAAUUUCUCGAUAAAAAUGUGCUUAUUUGUUCAAUUUACUGUAUAUUGAAGAUAUAAUGUAACCCUGGUGCUACGGCUCCUUCUGACCGAAUAUUUACAAUACAACUAUUUAAUACACAAUUCAGUUUUAGUGCAUGCAAGUGGGAUUUAAAGGGAUAUUCUGGCGUUAAAUUAAUUUAGGGUCAAAUACACCGUAACACUGAGUUAGACCCCCCCUCCAGAGAUGAACGUUGCCGUCCGCUUGCCUUUCUAGUUUUACCAACUUUAGCAACGACCGCAGGAUAGCGAUACAGAGAGCCACGCCCUCAACCAAAACACCACUCUAUAGCCACAAAUAAUGCUCAGAACAGCACCUAACUUCAUCAACAGGACAUAUAGGGUCACAGCCAUAGUACUAGACACCAAACAUCUUUUUAACUUUGACUCAUUUCUUUAGCAAAGAGACUAAACACAACUCACCUACUCUCUUCCAGCAGCCGCUUGUUUGUCGCGAGACCUCAGGCCAGUCCAUUAUGGACUACAGAGGGGUGCCGCAGCUCAAGGAAGAACAUUUUUGGUCAUUUCUUUAUCAUUUCCUUGAAGUAAUAAUCAUCAUAUUAAUAAUUUUGCUCUGCAGACGCGGUAGUUCUUCUGUCUUAGCGUCUCGGUCUGAUUGUAUUUCCAUGAAGAAAUGAUCGUAAAUGUUCUUCCUUGAGCUGCGAAACUCUAGCAAUAAGGAGCUCUGUGUUUUAAUGACUGUUGGUUGGAACAAAAUGUACAGAGGAUUUGUUGACAUGCUGUAUCCAGAGGCCCCGAACGGGAUGACUCUCUCCAUGAUAACUCAGAAGGGAAGUGUGAAAGCCUCCCACACAUGUCACUACAACAGGUGUGUGUGUGUGUGUGUGUGUGUGUCACAGGUUCGUGUCUCGUCCUUGAGUCAUCCUUCUAGCGGCGCUGCAGAUGGUCGGGUUUCCACUUGACAUACUUUGGUGUGAUUCCCCCCUCGGUGUUACUACAGUGAUAUAUUUCUGCCUGUUUGGAAUAGGAUCUGUUGAUUGCCUUCAGCUGACAUGGAAACAUUUAAGUGCCAAAAACAAAAAUAAACCACAUCCUACCAGAUCCACAGAUUAUCUGUUAAAGCCUCUGCAGACAAACAGUCGGACAGGAGCAGAAAUCAGGGUUCAUGCUGAUAACGGCGCAGAGUGUGCUUACAGGUGUCUGCAGAAAAAGGCUGUUGGUGUGGGGGAUUAAUAAUGCAGAGUCACCACUGUCAUGUUUAACCUGCAGAGUUUUAAUAAUUGAUCAGGACUUGGUCAUGUGGACAGGGACACAACAGGAAGAGGAGGAGCUUCAGGAUGGUCAAAACAAACACAGUUCAUUCCUGGACUGUCUCUUGUAGGAUGUAAAGAAAAGUUUCUUUCUUGACUGAAUAUCAUCAGCUUUGACCUAAAUGCAGAGUUCGGUAUGUCCAGCCAAAUCCAGCCAAAAAUUAACAUAAUUAGAUUUUUCACCAGUGAUUUCAUGAUCCGAAGAUUUCCGCCCCUUUUCUCUCAAGUUUCUUUUUGUUUUCUUUUAUUUUUUACGUUAAACCUCUGAACAUAAAUGACAUAACCUGUCUCAAGUAACAGCCUGUUGACUCAUCAUCUCUGACUGUAAACCUGAGGGUCUUUUGUUGCACUGAAGAGGGACUGAGUUGUAUUUGCAGGUCACAUGAGUCACCUUAUGCCCUUAGCUCAGUCUGUAAGGCGAUCAGCGCAGUCAGGUUGAGUUUCUCAAUGAACCUGAGUUAAGUCUGCGCUACACUAGAAAAGACUUUCAGCUGUUACUGAGUCAUGAGAGACGUUUAUCUUCCAUGAGUCAACACUGUGGUUUAUUAAAUCUGGGAGAUGUUUAAAACAGAAAACAUGGAUGGAGUUUGGAAACAGGUACAUGUAAAUUUAGGUUUUCUGUAAAUUUUGAGGUGUUGGUGACCUCAAAAGUAGUCUGAAUGAAAAAAAAACUAGAUAGAUGAAUUAAUAUCCUGGACAAACGUGGUAAACAUGUGGAUGAGGAUAUUCUUCUCAUUUAGGGUUGUAAAAUUAGAACGUUAGAAACUUUCCAUGGGAAUUAACAGGAAUAAAUCUGAAAUUUACAAAGUUGAAGGUUGGCCCUCAACAGGGAACUUAAAUAUAAUUGGGGAAAAUAUAUUGUAGCAUAAGCUUGGCUAAAACAACCAGAUUUAACCAGAUUUAUUCUACAUAAAAAUGCCACGUUCGCCAUCUGAUGUGUGUCGUGUUUUUUAUUUGUAUUUGCACCGAUUUCUGCUUAUGACCAAAAAUAAAUAUUGACAUUUACGUUUGGAUAUGAUACAGUUUGUUUAAAUUACCCCCAGGUUCCAGUUAAUUCCCAUAAAUUCCCAUAAUACCCAUGGAAAGUUUCCAAUUUGGAAUGUUUCCAUAAUUCCCCAUCUUAACUUCCCAUGGAAAGUUUCUGGAAAUUUACAGGAAAUUUUCUGCCCCUUUGCAACCCUAGUCUCAUUUCAAUCAAUUUAACUAAACUCAGUCCAGAUGACUUUAAACUUUUCCUUUUCCUUUGGACAGGUCAUAGAAAUCGUAGAUUUAAAAACAUGGUUUGAGCAAAGAUCUAACAUGUCAUCUCGUCUUGUGUCUGUCAGAGGUGACCCUGACAAAUGUGACAUCUGGGGAAACACGCCUCUUCACCUGGCUGCUGCCAACGGCCACCACAACUGCCUGUCCUUCCUGGUGGCUUUCGGUGCCAACGUGUGGUGUCUGGACAACGACUACCACACACCGCUGGACAUGGCCGCCACCAAAGGGCACAUGGACUGCGUCCGAUACCUGGACUCCAUCGCCGCCAAGCAGAUCACCCUCAACCCAAAGCUGGUGGGCAAACUGAAGGACAGGGCGUUCAGAGCCGCAGAGCGCCGGAUCAAAGAGUGCGCCAAGCUCCAGAGGAAGCACCGAGAACGGAUGGAGAGGAGGUUCAUGAAGGAGUCAGCGGCUUUAGACAACCUGGAUUCUAUCAGCUUCUCCAGCUACACUAGCAGCAGCACACUGAGCCGCAAGUUCAACACCGUCACCUCCAACAUGCCAUACUCUCAGGUGGGUGCUCCUCGACUCAGCAGGGAGUGGAUCAAAGAAACUCUCUCUACACUUCCACGAGUUCUUGUCUUUCUAAAAAGCUGAAAUACUGUGAGAAGAAGAUAUAUCUUUGGUUUGGUUCCACGUUUUGGUUGAGGUUUGUUUAUGGCUCCUCAGACCGCUGUGUAUCGCUAUCCUGCGGUCGUUACUGAAGAAGCAAGUGGUCGGCGACAUUCUUAUCUCUCACACUGACCAACAUAUCCUUCAAAACAAAGAUUGUGAUGGUGAUGCCUCUCGAUGUAGGAGAUAUGUUCCCUCUGUUUUGAAGUGCCAGCGGAACAAGAGACAAGUUUAAAUAAGUUGUAACUUUUUCAGUCAUUGCUUUAACUCGGUUGUAUGAAGAGAAAUCUACUUUAGGAUUUAUUUAUGAUGUCCAUUUUUUUCCUUCAGGCCACUCUUCUGUCCACGUCCAAGGGAAAAGCCAAGAUCCAGAGGAAACUGGAGAAGAAGAAGCAGGGCGAUGGGACGUUCAAGAUCUACGAGGACGGGAGGAAAAGUGUGCGCUCUCUGUCUGGCCUGCAGCUCGGCAACGACGUCAUGUUCCUCAAACAGGGGACCUACGCCAACCCGAAGGAGCGAUCACGCCUCAACAUCCGGGACAUGUUCCCUCGAGACAAUGACGACGAUGCUGACACCGUCUCCCGCGCCUUGAGCGACCCGGGCCUCUACGACGCCGCUUAUUCGGAGAUCAGCGCCGACUCCGGACGGGAUUCUCUGUUCACCCGGCCCGGCCUCGGCACCAUGGUGUUCAGGAGGAACUAUAUGAGCGGAGGCAUGUUUGGGAUGGGAGCUGAGGGGAGCGUGGCGGGGAGUGAACCUGUGGGACGAGCGCCUAACGUUCGCCUACGAGGACACCUGCCUCGACGCUCGCCCAGCUUUGAUGAGGACAGCAUCGGCAGCGCUCUGAGCCUGCAGGAGAGAAACCUCCAGGAGCUUCCCUGGGAGGAGACUGAUGUGGGGUUGGAUGAGGACUUGGAGCCGGAAAACAGUCCUCUGGAGACUUUCCUGGCCUCUCAGAGUCUCAGUGAGUUCAUGCAGAUCUUCAGGAGGGAGAAGAUUGACCUGGACGCCUUGCUGCUUUGUUCAGACGAGGACUUAACAAGCAUUCACAUCCCGCUGGGCCCGAGGAAGAAACUUCUGGAUGCCUGUAAGAGACGUCUGGACACACUAGACGAACCAGAGGCCAUUGAAGACACUGAACUUUGA